UCUUCACGAACAAUGAUGACCACGCUGCCACCUCACUGCGAUCAUCACUCAACCCAUUCGAGUGACUCGAAACGCCAGUUGACUGGUCAUGAAGGAUCUCUUGACAUUGAGAACAUCUAUUUCGAAUCAUCCCCACUUCAGAAGGAUCUGCAAUGUUUUCAUUUACCAAAUCUACACUAUUUGGCUUUGUACCUUAUCCGACCUCAAGACCAUAACAAUCCCCGCUAGUAUAUAUGGCUUGAUAGGUGCAUUUUCUGGAGCACCUCUCUUGUCUGACUCACUUCCACCACGCUUUGCCAUUUCUCGUGUGCCGCAUGACGCACUCAAAAAGCCAUGGAGACCGAUGCCAUCACGUCGAACAUCGGUCAUGGCUGCCAAUACGCUGAUGAUGGCCAUGUACGGUUCAAACAUGUUCAUGUCUUUCAUAUUGGGCACUCAUCGGCACGCGCUAUCAAUGUUGCUUUUGGGCAUCUGUUACAAUCGCCUGGGAGAAGCUGACUUCAGCUGCGUGGAAAAGAAUUUCAUCAAUGCCGUAGGAUAUAUAUCCUUUAUCACUGGAGCUCUUGUCAGCGGGAGGCAAUCAUAGACAAAGGCAAAAUCUGGCGAAAUGAGGAGUACUACAAG